GCGAGUUACUGGUACAGAGGCACUGACGCGGGUAAGUUCCGUUGGAGGAAUGUAAAUAGCGGCAUAAGUGGAAGGUCAACGCACUCUGACAGGUGAUAGCUUUUAACGCAACUGUUGUGAUGUGACGAAGAGAGGGCCGACUUCCAAGGAAAUAGCGUGAUGUCAACGGCAUCUUCGUGGUGUUUGUGGAGAGUAAAGAAGUGGAAGUUUUCCGGCCGGCAUGCAGAGAUAUUUAAGGGUUGCAUACCACCUGCGCGCGAAUACAUUUCUACAGUGAGAUUACCAAGGCCAAGGAUAAGCAGAUUUUGCCCCGCACGAAAGAUUCACAAAAGAAUUAUGGGACCACAUGAUAGUGCAAAGCAAGCGGCAGCCUUUAAAGCAGUGGAUGAAUACGUGAAAGAUAAAUCAGUUAUUGGAGUUGGAAGUGGAUCUACUAUAGUGUAUGCAGUUGAAAGGCUAGCUGAGAGAGUUCGCAAUGAAAAACUGGAAGUCACAUGUGUACCAACAUCAUUCCAAGCAAGGCAGUUGAUAUUGGAAAAUCAGCUACGACUUGGAGAUCUAGAAACUCAUCCCAAAUUGGACUGUGCUAUUGAUGGAGCUGAUGAAGUGGAUGCUGACUUGGUUCUUAUCAAAGGUGGAGGGGGUUGCUUAACGCAGGAAAAAAUUGUAGCUUCCUGCGCCCAAAAAUUCAUUGUUAUAGCAGAUUACACCAAAGACUCCAGUAACUUGGGAGACCAGUAUCAUAAAGGAAUACCAAUUGAAGUUAUUCCCAUGGCCUAUGUUCCUAUCCAAAAAAAGAUAGUUGAACUUUAUGGCGGUCCCACAGAAUUGAGAAUGGCAAAGGCAAAAGCUGGUCCUGUGGUCACAGACAAUGGAAAUUUUAUUCUUGACUGGAAGUUUGAAAAGGGAAAAUACGAUUGGGCUUCCGUCAACUCAACCCUGAAAAUGAUUCCCGGUGUUGUCGAGACUGGCUUAUUUGUGAAUAUGGCAACCAAGGUAUAUUUUGGAAUGGCUGAUGGGAGUGUGAAAGAACGUUUACCUGCUCAGUAGGGUAUGAUGACUCGUCACCAGUAGCUUGCCAUAUUAUGAAGACUGACAAAAUGAGUGACUCUGAAUCUCAUAAAAGGAGUGCAGAGCAUUCUGACAAUUUUAAGAGUAAUUUUUUAUAUAUAUUUUUUUUAAGAGUGGUUGACAGUUGUGUUAGUGGGAAAAAUGUUCAGAGCCUUAUGGAUGAUACUGCAGGAUAUAUUGAUUUUGCCAGUACAAUUUUUUAAAACUACUUAAAAGUUCUAUGUCGAAUCAAAAUAAAAUGUUAUCAUUCCUUUCA